AUUCGGGUCCAAUCUGGCAACCGUUCACGUUACACUACACAGGCUGCUCUCGACGUGUCUCCACCGUCUCACGUCCCUGCUGUAACAUCGCACUCGUGUGCAUUUGAACCGUCUUCGCUUUCUAAAUGCAAGCCAUCAAGUGCGUCGUGGUCGGUGAUGGUGCCGUGGGUAAGACAUGCCUGCUCAUCAGCUACACCACCAAUGCUUUUCCAGGAGAGUACAUCCCUACAGUGUUUGAUAAUUACUCUGCCAAUGUGAUGGUCGAUGGGAAACCUGUGAACUUGGGCUUAUGGGACACGGCAGGACAGGAGGACUACGACCGUCUCCGACCGCUUUCCUACCCUCAGACGGACGUCUUUUUGAUCUGCUUCUCGCUGGUGAGCCCGGCUUCGUUCGAAAAUGUCAGAGCAAAGUGGUAUCCUGAAGUGCGUCAUCACUGUCCCAACACACCCAUCAUUCUGGUGGGAACCAAACUGGAUCUGCGGGACGAUAAGGACACCAUCGAGCGCCUGAGGGACAAAAAGCUGUCCCCCAUCACUUAUCCUCAGGGUCUCGCCAUGGCCAGAGAGAUCGGAGCCGUGAAGUAUCUGGAGUGUUCGGCUCUGACUCAGAGAGGGCUGAAGACGGUGUUCGACGAGGCAAUCCGUGCCGUCCUCUGCCCUCCGCCCGUCAAGAAGAGAGGGAAGAAGUGUACAGUGUUUUAAAAAAAAAACACCCACCCACCCACACACACAUUCACACAGAGUGCGGAGUGUUUUACUUCAACACACAGUCAUCAUACUGAGUUCCUACCGACCGAUUUGGAGAGACGGAGAAAAAAUGUGACAGGUGAAACAUCACACACUGGAGUUUUAGAUACAGCGCAGCGGGAUUUAAAUAGCGAAAGGCACAAGAUGGUUAUCGUGCCAAAUUCUCAUCCCUCUCGUCCCUAUUUCUGAACUCGAUUGCCUUAAUUGAUGCUUAAUUUGUGGUAAUGAGAAGGUCCUCGAUACACACACCUUGCAUGCGCUGAUAUUUGGUUUUGUGAUAUAUAUGUAUCACGAUAUUUAACACACACGAUUUGGACAAAUUUAAUUUAGCUACAAUUUCACAGCUAAGUACAAAAGUACAAACGUGGAAAUUUGGCUUAAAAAUAUGUAUGACGCACAGAAACAACAAAAAUUACGACAAUUGGGUUAAUAAAGAAUUCAUACAGGCACAGGUGUUUGAUUUGAAUGGGCGGAGCUUAAGCUAUAUAUACACGAUGAUCACGUGACAUCACAAGAAAAUAAAAUUGACCUUACCUUGGCUAGCUUACUAACUUUCAAACUCUACAGGCUUUGAUUAGAUGAUAAAAUAUAUAUCAUGAAAAAUACUUGGCUAGCUAAGUUUUUUUUGAAAGGGUUUGGUUCAGUAAGCUCCGCCUACUUUUACCUGUGCAAAUGUUUGAAUCACACACUAUCCCCUGUACACGUUUCCUGAAUUCCCUCUGUGGAGAUUUUCCUCAUCACUAACACUUUUAACACUUUGGGGCAACGGGGGGGGCAUCAUUUGUUUUUGUAAAAUUUUUUUCCUUCGAUUUCCUUUCCUUAUUGAUCUGUGAAUGUGUCUGAAGUCUGUGUAAAUAGAUAUUGUGAAUAACUCGAGGACCGAAUUCACGCCGUCUCUCAUUCUUGACUAUAAAGUAAAUGAAAAAUAAAUAAAUAAAAACUAUCGGCUACUGAAUGCAGCUCUUUUAAUUUCGGUGUUUGUGCGACUACUGUACGUGAUGACACACGUUUUAACAGCACAAGAAAAAGGAGGGACUGACUACUAAAAUGUGUAUAUUUAAAGUCAAUCUGUGUCUGAAGCUCAGCCUGGUAUCAAAUUUACAGAAAAACUUAAACUAAAAAUAAAACGUGCACAGUUUUGUUUUUUUCCCCCUUAGCCACGCGUUUACGUUCAUUUUGCGCUGGAGCUACAAAGGCUAAUCUGCUAAAAAGUAAUUAAUUUUUUUUUUAGUUUUCGAAAAUCACACACUGGCCUUGAAAUGUCUUUGAAUUGUUUUGUACGUGAAAUAAAUUUGCUGAUGUGGUUUCUGACACCGUAUUACGCAGUCUAAGCUGUAAAACGAGCAAAAGGAUGUCACAAAGCUAAAAACAGUCGGCCAUUUUGAAAGAGCUAUCGAUUUUCUUCUUCAGCAAAUUUUUUUUUUUUUUUUUUUUUUUUUUUUUUUUUUUUUUAAAUUUGUGAUUUAAACCUGAAACACUUGACACUGCUCAGGUGAUUAAAGUUGUGACUAUAGUGUUGCUAGCAACAGAGAAAAAUGGAUAAUGACUAGCUAGCAAGUUGUUAAGUUUUUUAUGUGGGCAGCGUUAAGUCGUGACUGAAAAAUAAGUCAAAAAGGUCAAGAAUGUCAACUUUUACCUCAGAUUUGUUGGUACAUUUAUUUGGAAAAAAAACAAAAAACAUUUCAAACUUUUUAAAAUAAAUACAGACCUUUGCUAGUUAGCUACAUUAGCAUUGUAGCUCCAGUGCAAAACUAAAGCAAACACCGGAUUCUAAACAACUUGUCCGAUUUUGCGUGAGGUGGAAUCUGUGUACGUUUUACUUUUAGCCAAGAUUUUCUUUUCUGGAAGUUAUUUACAUUACAGUAUUUAAUGUCUCUCUCUCUCUUUUUUUUAACUGGAACUUUUUUCCGUCCUUUGAACUUUGCUCCAUAUUUUGCAGUAUACUAGCUGAAAUGUGCCAUUGUGGAUUGUUUUUGUGUGGCUAGCAUGCCAAAUUUUCAACUUUAGACCAGAUAUGUGUCUAACUUUGUUUCUACUCUUUUGCCUUUUGAUUUUACUGAAAGAACAAUUUGUGUGUGUGUGUGUGUGUGUGUGUGUGUGUGUGUGUGUGUGUGUGUGUGUGUGUGUGAGUGAAUAAGAGAGAAAGGUUGUGAGCAAAAUUGUUAGACAUAAAAAAUACCAUGUGUGUUUCUGUGUUACAACAUGAUGGUGGAUAUCUACCUUAACCUUACAGUUGACUUCUGUAGACAAAAUAACAAUCAGAUCUCCUUUUGAAUUGUUACUAAAAUGAUCCUCUUCUGUGUAUGAUAUGAAUUUAAAAUGUAUGCAUUAAUAAAAUUGAGUCCUUGAAUGUA